CCAUCUCAUCUUCCUCUCCAUCCCGCACCCCACUUCAUACAGCUACACAGAUCCCAUCUCCUAGGAGAGCCUUUGCGUUGGCGCUUUUUUCCCUUUUGUUUGUUUUGGUUUCUUAGCACGUCCGUGCUGCUCAGUCGGUUUAUCGUGCAGCUGCCACUGUACGACCUGCUCUCAUGGCGUCCGACGGUGAGCAGCAGCAGCAGCAGCAGCAGCAGCCGGAAGAGCCAACGGCGUUUCCGUCUGUAGGAUCGAUCAGGUCGCGAUGGGAGCAACUUUCUGGAUCGGCGCAGCAGCAGCAGGAAACUGGGCCGAAGCGGGAUCAGAGCAGCGACAGAUCAUCGAGACAGGAGCAUCCUGUUGUCGUUGCUGCCGCUGGUGCCAAUGCCAGUCAACAACAGCACCCUCUGGCUUCUAAACCCGACAAGCAGCCGCCUUCUCUGAAGCCACAGGAUAGCAGUACUACAAGUCCCCCGAAACCAGGCCCAGGACGCGCACACUCUCAGCAACCAGCAGUCCCGCCAAAGUCCCAGCUGAUUACGCUCUCAUCCUCCGCCAGCACACCCGCCCGGUCGCAAUCGCCUCCUCGCGACAGUAGUCCACACAAUGGAGCGAGUUUAGAAGUGCCUGGGAUUGUUGUUACAGGGACGAAGCAGACGUCGCCGUCGUCGUCGUCUGUGCGUAGCUCUCGAGCUAAUCUACCGCAUCCUCCUGUCGCUCCGAAACCGAGAUCACCAUCUCCACUCAAGGUCGCAAGUAUAGAUCCGGACGCUUUACAACCUCAACAGCCGCCCCAUGCACACUCGAGGUCACUAUCAGAUGCCGAGCUCGACAUCGGCGCGUCUUCUCCAUCGCGCAAGCCCAGACCGCCAAUGCCAGCUUUGAAGUCCUCCCAGAAAGUUCCCUUGUUUAACAGCCAGUCCCAGUCUUCGCAGACUGAUGCGCAGUCAGUCUCGGUGUUGCGGGUGCCCGGAUCACCCCCGUCGUCGAGAUCUCGGCAGAUGAAGGACUCUGCGAGUACGACCAUCGAGACAUUACCUACUACAGCUGCUUCAUCUAUUGCCGCCCCCCCUCCCCUUCCUCCUUCCGAGAAAUCGUGGAGUACUACACCAUUAGUGACACCUGCUCCAUAUGUACCUCCUUCUUCUGCGACGACUACAACUACAGCACCUCAUCAGCAACCGGCCGACACCCUCGAGACUCAACCAACCCCGCAGCCUUAUAUACCACCACCCCACCCCGCCCCAGUCGCCGUACAACCCCAGUCACAUACAAUCAUCCAACCUCCUGCACCUCCCGCUAUACAGCCUACUCCUGCACCUGCAGUAGCCGCACAGGCGGUUCCCGAACUUCCCUGGCGCCCACCACUCCCCACCGCUCCGCGCGUUCCGCCAAACGAUGCACCGGUGCAACCGGCUGAAAUCAUGCAACAUCCGAAGCCGGUAGCGCCUAGCAAGUUCCCGAAUCCGCCGCCGCAGCUUCCUCCGCGAUCUGCGACGGCAGCACCGGCGGUGCCGCAGACGAUCGCGUCGGUGCCAAUUUCCUCGGGACCGAUUUCGAUCGUGUCUGCUGAAAGACGGUCAUUUGACCUUCUACGGACCGGUGACGAGCACGUUAAGAUAGUACCGCAACUGCCCCCGCGGAGUCGAAGUAAAUCGCCAGCAAGCCUUCCGAAUUUAUCUUCGAUCGACAGUGCCAUAUCGACAUUUCCAGCUUCGGCACCUGCACCUGGCAAUGCUAGUAAUGCGGGAAAUUGGGGGGAGAGAGCGACGGCGUUUGAUGUUCCGCAGACUAUGGGUGAGUUUCCGGGGUCGAAGAUACCGCCUCAGCUUCCGGCUAGAGGAAGAAGCAAUUCUCCUUCACGACUCGUGCGAUCUUCUUCUGCGGUUGAGGUGCCGCAGCUGCCUCCACCUAUAAGUGCUGUAGUUCCAGCUACUUAUAUACCACAGCCGGUACAGCAGCAACAACUACCACAACCACAGCCAAUACCACAGCCAAUAUUACAGCAACAGCAACAGCGGCAAGUGCCACAACCGCCGCAGGAGCAACAAUCGAUUUAUCAGCUUCCCCAGGCAACACAGUCUAUGCCCUCGCAUCUGAAUCUGACAGCUUACCAGCCUGUCAACACACCUAAUGCGAUACAUAGCGUCCAAGCCACCUCCUACUUCCCCCCGGCGCCGCCGCAGAGAUCGGCGGUUCCUGUCCAACAGCAGAAUUAUCACGCGCCAACGACAUACCAGAGCAGCAGCACUCCUAUUCCCGUGAUGCCACCGACAUCCGUGAGCAGCCAACCUACAGUCCAGAUGCAGCAGCCAUAUAUAUCGCACGCCUCGAUCCCGUCAGUUUCGACCGUAAGCCUGCCGAUAAGCGGCGACGACGACAGUUAUGCGGAAGCCCACGCAAUGCCAGAGAUGAUGGAGGACGACUCAGACGAUAAUAUGAUGCCGCCGGCUGAGGAAACCGAGCGGAUGGCCGAGUACCCCGACUCGUCGCGGGCGAACCGGCGGCCGCCAAUCACGCGCUCGAUGCCGCACGAGAUCAGCUGCAAGUACGAUGUGCGAAUGUUUUGCAUUUCGGGAGAGUAUAUAUGCACCUCUGGCACUGUGACGAAGGUGUGGAGUGUCAGCUCUGGCACGUGUGUCGGCAUCAUUGCGCAUGAAGGCUUCAAGGUCACGGCCAUGGGCUUCAAGCCGUCGCGAAACUUGGAAGAAGAAGGACGCUAUGUGUGGAUGGGCACGAAAGAAGGCGGUCUGCUCGAAGGAGAUCUCAGCGUGAUGCGCGUGACUAGUAAGAGGCUUGGUGUGCACAAUUCUACAAUCAAAGGCAUUUACAGAUGCGGAUUUGAGAUGUGGACCAUGGACGAUGACGGUCGAGUUCAAGUUUGGGGGCCAGACGCCACGAAUGGCGGACUGCCAAAUCUGAACGGAACGCCCAAGACGCAGCGCGGACCCGGCCAGCCUCAGGCUGCAAUCGUACUAAAAGAUACGCUCUGGGUCGGGAGGAAUAAGACGGUGUCGGUUUUCAAACCGAGCGCUGCGCCCGAGCAGACACAGUUUGCGCUCUCGAGACCGAUCGUGGCAACGAAGGCGGUGGGUGAGAUUACGUGCGCGACUACGCUUGUGAAGGAUCCAGAGCAUGUGUAUUUCGGUCAUGACGACGGUAAGGUGUCGGUGUACUCUGUGACGAAGAUGACCUGUGUUGAUGUCGUCAGUAUCUCGAUCUACAAGGUCACUGCGAUUUCCGGCGUCGGGAGCUUACUCUGGGUUGGGUUUCGGACCGGUAUGGUUUACGUCUAUGACGUGAGCCAACAUCCGUGGACUGUGCUCAAGGACUGGAAAGCGCACGAAGGUCCGGUGAUGAACAUUGUAGUCGACCGUUCGUCGAUCUUCAAGAUGCGGGCGCUACCGGUCGUGACGAUGACGCCUUCGGACAAUGUUCUGACCGUCUGGGACGGGAUGCUGAAGCACGACUGGCUCGAGCGCAAUAUGCAGGAGCACGAUGCCGAGUUUUGCUCGUUAAGAGUCGUGAGGGCAUUGAUCUGUACGUGGAACGUGGGCGCGGCCAAGCCGUCGGAUUUGCAGAAUACUUCGACUGAUUCAAAGUUUUUGAAACGACUGCUUGCUACUGCGGAUGAUCCUGAGAUAAUUGUGUUUGGAUUCCAGGAGCUGGUUGAGCUUGAUAAUAAGACUGUUACUGCGAAGAGUAUCUUCAAGAAGAAAAAGCACAAGGACAAGGACAACAUACAGCAGCAUAUGUCACAUCAGUAUCAAGCCUGGCAGACGCGGCUCGAGGAGAUUGUCCGCGCGCUCUCGUCGUCUUACACUCUUUUGCGGUCCGAAAACCUGGUUGGGUUGUACUCCUGUGUGUUUGUGAAGGAGUCGGAGCGCGCUUAUAUUGGUAACCUUACGUCGUCGACGGUGAAGACCGGUCUCGGUGGCCUGCACGGCAACAAGGGUGCGAUCAUUCUGCGGUUCACGCUCGAUGAUACUUCGCUGUGUUUUGUAAACUGCCAUCUCGCGGCGGGACAAUCGCACAUAAUUCCGCGGAACAACGACGUUGCGCACAUUAUGGAGUCGAAGAUUCCGAGCCCGAGGAUGGGCAGUACCGAGUCAGCGGCGGAUAUCUUUGUUGGCGGCGGAGACGGGACGAUGAUUCUUGAUCAUGAGAUUUGUUUUAUGAACGGGGAUAUGAAUUACCGGAUUAAUCUGCAGCGCGGACCGGUGAUGAAACUGCUUGAAAAAGGCGAGAUCGACAAGCUCUUGGAAUUUGACCAGCUUCUGACGCAGUUGAAGCGUAACCCGGGAUUCCGUCUGCGUCCGUUCAGCGAGAGUCCGAUUACGUUUAAGCCGACGUACAAGUACGACGUCGGAACAGACAACUACGACACGAGCGAGAAGAAGCGCACGCCGGCGUGGUGCGACCGGAUUUAUUACCGCGGGCCAGGCAAGAUCACGCCGGUGGAGUACCGGACGCACGACGUGCGGGUGUCUGAUCAUAGGCCUGUGAGCGGGGUGUAUGAUGUUAGUAUCAAGACGGUGGAUCAGGAGUUGCGGAAAGAGGCACUGAAGCGGGCGUCGCAUCGGUGGGAUAAGUUUGUGGAGAAGAGUAUCACUCAAGCAAGGAUGCAUUUCCACGAAAACGAGGGUUACUAAAAUAACGCUCAAAAGAACAUCAUUGUACCAUACAGCUAUAAUGCGGGAUUGAAGCAAUAUACGAGGCCAUGAGGUCUCGGUGUACAUAAACAGAACAGCGAGCGAGCAGGAGGUGUGCGAUUCAUAGAUCGAGGAGAAGAGUAGAAACGAUACGGCUGACUCUGACUAUGACCAUUGAGCUAUUAUGAUGUGAUUGAAUUAAUUGAGCCGGUCUUUUGUCCUUUUUUUAUUGAGAGAAGGAUGGCGUUUCAUUUUACUUUAUGAUGCCACACACUUUGGAAACCGUCGUGUCUUUUCUUUUUGUUAUUUUUUUGUGUAUUUUUUUCAUUUGAUUGUCUGGCGUAGCAUUUUUUCUUUUCAUUCGUUUAUCUCCCUUUUUUUGUUUGGUUUGGUCUGAAUUAAGUCAUACUGGAGACAUUCUUUUAUAGUUUGCGGUUCUGCUGAGCACAGUCGUGGUUUCUUAUCGCACGUCCA